AUGGAAAAUUUCCAUUUGCAUACUGUUUGCAUCAACUGCAGCAUUGUUUCCUGGUCAAAAGUUGAUUAUAUUGCAAAUAAAUGUGAUCCAACUACUCCGAAGGAUGUUGAUGAGAUGCAAAAUGAAGUGGAAAGGAAGCGAUAUGAAUGGGGUGUUGAGAAAUUUGCUUAUGAUAUACUGGCAAGUGAUAAGAUUGGUCCACAUCGUCGAUUACCACCUGUUUAUCACAAAUUAUGCGAAACAUUACCUCGCAAUAUCAAUUUAACAGCCAGUAUAGUGAUCAUUUACCAUAAUGAAGCAUUAUCAGUGUUGAUCCGUAUGUUAAAUAGUAUUUUUGAUUGUACUCCUUUGCAACUGGUAAAAGAAAUCAUAUUGUAUGAUGACUGUAGCGAUCAGGAUACGUUAGUAGUCGAUCACAUUUUCACUUAUGGUAGUCUUGUACAAUGGCCUAUGGAAAAAGUAGUUACUCGACGAAGUGAUAAACGGUUAGGACUUAUCAGAGCCAAGGUUUAUGCAUCUCGUGUCGCUGUUGGAGACGUUCUCAUAUUUUUGGAUAGUCACUGUGAAGUAACUCCACUUUGGAUUGAACCAUUAUUAGUACCAAUUCAAGAAAACUUUACUAGAGUUGUUCUUCCAGUAGUGGACUUAAUCAAUCCGAAGACAUUUGAAUUUUCUAAAGCAAUGAUAACAAAAAGCGUUUUCAAUUGGCAACUAAAAUUUUCUUGGAAAUAUAUUCCUUGGGAAUACUGGGAUGUGCCCGAAAAUAAUAUUAAUCCAUUUCAGUCACCAGCAAUGUCAGGUGGUCUGUUAGCCAUUGCCCGGAAGUAUUUUCGUGUCAUGGGUGAGUACGAUACGGGAAUGGAAAUUUGGGGAGCUGAAAAUGUUGAAAUGUCUGUUCGGAUAUGGCUUUGUGGUGGUUCUAUUUUGGUAGCCCCAUGCAGUCACGUUGGUCAUGUUUUCCGAAUGCAUCGCCCAUAUAAAAGCAUACCUGGUUUAGAUUCAGUGCUAUAUAAUUCAUUACGAACUGUCAAAGUCUGGUUUGAUGACUAUGAGAAAUAUUUUUAUGCAAAACAACCAAAAGCAAAAGGAAUGGAUGCGGGCGAUUUGAGUGAAAGAUACAGAUUGAAAGAGAAACUUAACUGUAAGUCAUUCAAAUGGUACGUACAAGAAGUCGAUCCAGAACUGGAACUCACAAAAGUCUUGCCACAUGAAGAUCUCUAA